CCAAACAUCGACGAACUCUUCCAUAUGGAGAGGAACAGGAGCACCGACGAAUUGGCUGCGGUAAAAGCUGCUGCAUGGGCAUGGUAUGAACGCGGUUCUGGGUCGCAGGGGAAGCCAAUUCGUGAGUACGAUAUCACGGCUAGAGCGCAAUCAGCUGUGCUUCGCCCAUCCCGGUAUAAGCUUGAAGCCAUGCUUGCGGCGGAGAACUCCUCACUAACAGCUAGUCCAGUCCAUUCUUGUGCUAAUUCUCUUCUUGAUGCCUAUGAAAUAGAAAGCAUUUCCAAGCACCUUGAUCACCUUAUAGACUCUUGCAGAACCAAAUCCUACACAGAUGGUCAUGAGAAGAAGAAAAAGAGUUGGAGUCUAAAGAAGGUUUUGCCAAGACACCCAGUCCUUUGUGGUACCAGACAAGACGCAGUUACAACAGCAUUCAGGGUUAAUCGGACACCAGAGAAGGCCGAUGGCCGCAGUUAAGAUGGGCUGACCACUGUAAGCUUGACUAGUUGACUUUCUCCCUCAUUUUGGUUAGCUAUCUCCUCAACACUAAUUGCUUUAUAUUUUUCCAAUAGAAUAUCUAGGUUCUGAUUAAUUAGUUAUUUCGAAUAACCUAUACUUUAGGGUGGAUAUUCUAAUGGUUAAUUUUUGUUUUUAUUUAUAAUUCAAACGCCAUAUUAAUUAUUAGAUUAUUGUUAUAAACUAUAGGCUAUUUCAAAACUACACAUAUAGCUUAAACAAGUUACAUUUUGCAUUUGGUAGAUUCGAUAUAUUGAUCAAAUGUUGUUUAGCACAAAACCACUACAUGUGUGGUUCUUGCUAUGUAGCUCACUUUCAUUUUUAACAAAUUUGUAGCUAAUGA